AUGGAAAGCGGCACUGACACUUCGUCUGAUGUGGGUCACGAUAUGGUAGCAACAAACCGUGAUGAAGAACAUCGUACACAGAGCCCUGAAAGUGCUCAAGGUGAUGAAAGUUCGGCCCCUUCUGAACUCGACCAUGUGAGGCAGCUUGCACUGCUGUUGUUAAAGUGGAAAGAAAGUAAGCGACUGCCGGAGACAACAGCGAAUGAAAUUGCCAAUGACAUCAUUUGUUAUGUGCAAGGUCUCGCAGACCACUUAAUGACGAAGCCAGCACAAGAGGUGCCGGAACUUAUGUCUUCUAUUUGCGAUGAAAUGCAGACGUUGGCGACAAACAGAGGCCGGACUGAAUACUGGCAGACCUACCUCCCAUUCAUUGAGCCUCGAGCUGUUCUGCUAGGAACUAAUGAACGAGGAAGACAAGUUGUAUUUCACUACGUGCCCAUAUGUGAUGUUUUGAGGCACGUCCUUGAGGACCCAGAAACAUACAGUAGCUUUUGUUGCUCAGACAGAGAAGAGGGCUACUUGUCUUCAGUUUUCGACGGAACAGCCUUCCGUGAUCAUUCUUAUUUCCAGGGCGAUGACGGAAAGAUCUGUAUACAAUUGUAUGCAGAUGAAUUUGAAGUUUGUGACCCGCUGGGGAGCAAGAGGGGGAAACACAAGCUGUUGGGCGUUUAUUUUUCAAUCCUCAAUAUAGCACAAAGGUCAAGGUCCACAUUGUCACAAAUACACCUUGUGCUGCUUGUGAAAGAUAAGCAUGCGUCAGCUUAUGGACUUCGAAAGGUUUUUGCCCCACUUUUGGAGGAUGUGGCCAAAUUGGAAAGGGAGGGCAUCGCGGUGCAUGGAAGGGUACUCAAUGGCACAAUCUUCAUCAUGACCGGAGACAAUUUAUCAAGCCAUCGAAUAGGAGGAUUUAAGUGCAGUUUUAGUGCGGGUAGGAUAUGCCGCUUUUGCUUGGCACUACGGAAUGAGACAAGUCACAAACACCUAGAAUCUGAUUUUGUGCUACGGUCCCCGGAAGGCCACUGCCACCAUCUGGAAAUGCUAACGAGCGGAAUGCCUGCAGUAUCUCUGUACGGUGUGCGCGAAGCCUGUGCGAUAACAACGUCCGGAUUUCACCCCACGGAGCACUUCCCUCCUGACGUGAUGCACGACGUCUUUGAGGGAGUGAUUCCGUUUGCAAUGAGGCACAUAAUGAAAUCCUUGGUCUCAAGUGGACUUUUUUCCCUCAACCACCUGAAUGAACGUCUUGAAACGUAUAACUACGAGGCGGCAGCAUGA